AUGAGAGCUUUGGCAUAUUUCAAGAAGGGUGACAUUCACUUCACUAAUGAUAUCCCUAAGCCAGAAAUUCAAACCGACGAUGAAGUUAUUAUCGACGUCUCUUGGUGUGGAAUUUGUGGCUCGGAUCUUCAUGAGUACUUGGAUGGUCCGAUCUUCAUGCCUAAAGAUGGGGAGUGCCACCCUUUGUCCAACGCCGCUUUACCCUUGGCAAUGGGCCAUGAGAUGUCAGGAAUUAUUGCCAAGGUUGGUCCUAAAGUGACAAAGGUCAAAGUGGGCGACCAUGUGGUCGUUGAUGCCGCUAGCAGUUGUGCAGAUCUGCACUGCUGGCCACACUCCAAAUACUACAAUUCCAAGCCCUGUAAUGCUUGCAAGAAAGGCAGUGAAAAUCUAUGUACACACGCUGGUUUUGUUGGGUUAGGUGUGAUCAGCGGUGGCUUUGCUGAACAAGUUGUUGUCUCUGAACACCACAUUAUCCCCGUUCCCAAGGAAAUCCCCCUAGAUGUGGCUGCUUUGGUUGAACCUCUUUCUGUCACCUGGCAUGCUGUUAAGAUAUCCGGCUUCAAGAAAGGCAGUUCAGCUUUGGUUCUUGGUGCAGGCCCCAUUGGGUUGUGUACCAUUUUGGUACUUAAGGGAAUGGGAGCCAGUCAAAUUGUAGUGUCUGAAGUUGCAGAAAGAAGAAUAGAAAUGGCCAAGAAACUAGGUGUUGAGGUCUUCAACCCCUCUAAGCACGGUAAUAAAUCCAUAGAGGUCCUACGUGGUUUGACCAAGAGCCACGAUGGGUUCGAUUACAGUUAUGAUUGUUCUGGUAUUCAAGUCACUUUCGAAGCCUCUUUGAAGGCAUUAACUUUCAAGGGAACAGCCACCAACAUUGCAGUUUGGGGCCCAAAACCUGUGCCAUUCCAACCAAUGGACGUGACUCUACAAGAGAAAGUUAUGACUGGUUCCAUCGGCUAUGUUGUCGAGGACUUUGAGGGCGUUGUUCAUGCCAUCCACAACGGAGACAUCACCAUGGAAGAUUGUAAGCAACUGAUUACAGGUAGGCAAAAGAUUGAGGACGGUUGGGAAAAGGGAUUCCAAGAGUUGAUGGACCAUAAGGAAUCCAACGUCAAGAUUCUAUUGACUCCUAACAAUCAUGGUGAAAUGAAGUAA